AUUUCUACUACGCAUCAAGGUAACCACUUCCAAAAUCGAAAGCCACCCCAUCCUUCCACAUCGCCAUGAGCAAUCCAUUUGAAGAUCCGUCCGUGCGCAUGGCUGCCACAUCUCCCUCUGGCGCCGCCAAGACGUUGGCCAUGCCACAAAAGCAACCUUCGUUUAAUCAAGCUGGCGCUGCUCAUGUGGCUCCAAUCGCCACUACUGUCAACCCUGCGCAGGUCGGAGGAGGUGGUGGUGCCCCUCCCCCUGGGACACCCAAGACUGCCGCCGAAAACCUCAUGGAAGAAGUUGGCUCGUCGAUCAAGAAAACCGACUCGGCCAAGAUCCUCAAGGUCAUGCAAACUGUCAACAUCAUUCUCGCUGCGUUGACCGUCACGGCGGGCAUCUUGUCGUGGGUUGCUGGCUACGUGGUGGACUUUCAAACGUUCAUUGCGUCUUCGUACAUCAUUACGUUUGGGUUGCUCUUGCUCGGGUUUGAACUGCGCACCGCCACGCUGGACGUGCUGCUGCGAGCCAACUUUGGGUUCAUGUACGGCUACAAGACCCGCACCAUCUUUCUCCUCUUCAUUGCCAUCUGGCCUCUGUCCAUGGGCACGUACUGGGUCACCAUCCUCGACGCCGUGCUGUUGUUCCUGAACGCGUUCUUCAACUACUUUGUCGUAUCGAGCCACCCGGCGUUCGCCGGCGAGGCCCCGCCCGCGUACGACGGCACACGCGUCGCCCUUGGAGCCUCCCCCAUCCCCGUCAAAGCCGAUUCGCAGGUGUAACGAACAACCCCUUAAUAUCAAUACCACUCUAUAUACUAUCCA